UCCCCGUGUAUGAGUAAGCGCGGAAACUGGCAAACAUCCAGUGUAGCUGCUCGGGGCUCCGCUCGCAUUUGGUGUCGAACAACACGACGAUAGUACAGCUGUGACAUACGGCGCAGACAUCCAAUAUGACGGACAACGAUGGGUUCGUUGACAUGAGGGCGAUAUUGGACGCCAUGGAUGACACUUCCAAGGCCGAGAUGGCUGCAUCGGCACCGCAGAAGACAUAUAAGCUACAGGCAUCGCCAAGGGUGCAUCCUCAGGGAAACGGUACAACCAGCGUCGCAGACAGCCCUUCAUCUGGCGACAACACGUCGCAUCCUACAUUUACUCUCAAAAAGGAUCUUGUCAUGAAGCUGGAAAUGGUGUUUCCUACUGAGUUUGUUACAGAAUCUCUCGGAGGAUAUCAAUUCAAGACCAAAGGCAUCCUCCUGCGUGCAUUGCUGCAUCGUACCUACAAGCAGAGCAAGCGACCACGAAAUAAGACCUGCUGUGAUCCUCUGGAUUACGUCGGUGACUACGUCCUCAAAUUCCUCAUCUCGCAGUACAUCCUGGAACACUGCCCCGAAAAACACAAGGAGAGCCUGGCACAGAGGAGGAGCCUCGUGGAAUCUCAGGAAACCUACGCUUUUCUCGCGGUGAAAAAUAAUUUCCACAAGUACGUCUUCAUACAGCAGCUUGGAGACGGCAGCCAAGAUUAUGAGCACCUGAAAGCGUACAUAGAAGGCAUCAAGAAUGUUCAGACGCUGAAAGAGCUCUUCCAGGUAGAGAAACGCAAGUGUUUUAUCCACAACUUCUUCCAGUCGGUUGCGGGGGCCAUAUACGUCGAUAGUGGCUAUGACGUCAAGACAGUGGCCGACAUCUAUUUGCCUAUGCUCAAAAAGUACCUCGACGAAGCCAUCGUUGCAGAGUUGGACGAGCUCAAAUGAACUUCAAGUUAUUCGAUAUAUUCAUCGUGUGUAAUUCUUUUUGUUAAUAUUCCUUUUGUUUUGAAACUUG